AUGCACGUAGACCCAAACAAUCUUGCUGCGGGGCGUGCCUCCGACGACGAGAGCAGCAGCAGCAGCAGCUCUGCGGGCGGCCACAUCAAUUAUGACAGAAUCACGCCGAAAGGUGACAUCGUCCCGCGCCGGCGGGAUUGGGUGAAGCUGAACGUUGGUGGGACUUGCUUCACCACAACUCUCUCCACGCUGUGCUCCGACCGUGGCAGCAUGCUUGCAGUGCUGGUACAAGCCGAGCUUGAACACAUAGCCCCUGUUGACAAGGACUCAGACUGCGCCAUGUUGCUUGACCUUGACCCGCUGUACUUUGGUCCCAUACUGAACUAUCUGCGGCACAAGGUGCUGAUAAUUCCGCCCGGUGUUCCUGCCUCUGGCGUACUUGCCGUUGCGGAGUACUUGAACCUGCAAGGCGUGAUGCGGCAGCUCGCGCCAGAGCGGCACACGAGACGACAGCUGCUGUACAGCUGGGGAUCUGGUGCCUCGGGGGAGCUGGGCACACAGCGCUUCCAGGACUACAUCACACCGACACAGGUGCAGAUCACUCCUUUCGGGGUGCGUGUCGUAGACGUUGCUCUCGGCGCCAACUACAGCUGCGCGCUCUCGGAUGACGGAAACAUCUACACAUUCGGCAACGGCGACUGGGGGCAAUUGGGACUUGGUGGCCCUUUCGAGCUCGAGGAGCACCCAGAUGACAAGUCGAUGGUUGUAACGGUGCCGCAGCGCAUUCCAUUGUUCGAGCGCCAGCCGGCGGUGCGCAUUGCUGCUGGGUACGCGUACGCCAUGGCUCUAACGGCGGACCAUCACGUGUACUUCUGGGGCAACAACAACCACGGACAGAGCGGGCUGGGGCCGCGCUACUUUCACUACUCGAUGCGUAAGGUGGAGGAGCCGACGCUGGUAGGGACUCUUGAGGGGAAACGCAUUGUACAACUAAGUUGCGGUAGCUUUUUUAGUUUGGCGCUCGGCGACGAUGGCACCUUGUACAGCUGGGGCCUGUUGGAGUGUCUGGGGCUGGGGCCGACGGAGAAGGUGCGUGCCUCCAUUAGCGACCCCGCCAUCAUCAGUGAGUCGCUCAGCACCGAGAAGCGGACGGUGGUGCUCGUGCCGCAGGCGGUGGAGGUGCCGACAGACUACAAGCUCGUGCGCGUGCAUGCCGGGCAGUGGCACAGCGGGGCGAUCAACACCGCCGGUGAGCUUUUCACGUGGGGCGUCGGUUACCAAGGGCGCCUGGGCCACGGCGACAAGGAGCCGGCACUAGUGCCGACAAAAGUGCGUGGCGCCCUCACCGGUCAGCGCGUCGUGGAUGUCGCGUGCGGCUCAUUCCACACCGUUGCGCUGACGGACCGCGGUGUGGUGUACUGCUGGGGCGACAACGCUGGAGGCCAGUGUGGGGCGAAGUCAAAUGUCGACACUGUGACGUCGCCGUAUCGCGUUGUGAACCUCGAGUUUGUUGCCGGCGGUGUUGCCAAAGCGAUCUCCUGCGGCCGCCAGCAUACUGUUGUAGUGAUGCAGGGCCCACAGUCGUGGUGCCAGCGUUCAUGCUGCAAGCUGGACCACAACGGCAGGUCGAGAGCCCCACACGGGCAGGUGUUCACAUUUGGCGAGACGGCACGGUCGGGGAAUGGCGGCGCUGGCAGCGGCGGACCCAGCAGCUGCGCAAAGCCACAAGAAGGGAAAGUAUGUCGCCAGUUCCGCCUUGUGCCGUCGCUAAAUGAUCUGAACGUUACGAAUGUGAAGAGUGGUCUGCAUCACACCUUUGUUUUUGCGGAGGAAUUGACAUCUCCGGCGGCGGGUGUAGGAGCGUACGGUUUCGCCUCUGCGAACACCGACACAAUGGACGUGGUUGGUGCGCAGACGGUCACAUCGUCUGCGGAAUGGGCGGGGGGCGGUGCAUCGCCUGCGGUAGGAUCAACGUGGCGCAAAUCACGUAGGGGGGCUGACCAGUAA